GAAGCCUGCGGGACUCGUGGGGGCGCAGUUGUUGUUGUAUGUUUGGGUUGUUUUGGUGUUAAACACCAAACACAGAGGGGGCUUUUAAAGUUGAAACUGCCGCCGUCAAGUGUCGUGAAUGCGGGGCGAAGAGUCGUCGGAUUCAGAGUCGGGGAGGAUGGAGGAGAAUUCAGUCCGGAGGAGUUUGGAGACGUUGUGUCAGGAGCUGAAUAUGGACGAGCAGACAGCGACUGAAGCUAUGGACAACUUCACCGCCACAUGGAAUACAUACACCCUGGAGGGAGAGGUGGUCCACUGGCUGGCAUGCUCUCUGUACGCCGCUUGCAGGAAGGGGUCCACUCCCACAGUGGGGAAAGGACUGAUGGAGGGAAACUGUGUGUCCCUCACCAGGAUCCUUCGCUCCUCCAAACUCAGUCUGAUCCAGUUUUUCUCUAAGAUGAGGAAGUGGGCAGACAUGUCAAACCUGACACAGGACUUCAGGCUGCGAAUGGACCAUCUGGAGAGGAACUUUGAGGUCUCCACUGUGAUCUUUCGCAAGUUUGAGCCCAUAUUCAUGGACAUGUUUCAGAAUCCGCAGGGAUGUGAGCCGCCGCGCCAGCCGCGCAGCAGGAAGCACAGGCGGCUGCCUUGUCACAUCAGUGACGUGUUCAAGUUCUGCUGGACUCUGUUUGUGUACACGAAAGGUAACUUUCGUAUGAUCGGCGAUGACCUGGUGAACUCGUACCACCUGCUGCUCUGCUGUCUGGACUUGGUGUUUGGCAACGCCCUCCUAUGUGCAAACAGGAAGGAUCUCAUAAACCCUUCCUUUAAAGGUCUGCCUCCGCUGUACCGCCCUGAUGGCCACAUACCCCCAGACGAGCCUUCUCCAUGCGUGUUGGAGCGGUUAUGUGAGCUGCACGAUGGGCUGGUGGUGGAGGCCAAAGGCAUCAAACAGCACUACUUUAAACCCUACAUACAGAAACUGUUCCUGAAACAGAUACUAAAGGGAAAUGAGGAACAUUUGACUGAAAUGUUGGAUCCUCAGAACUUCAUUGAUAACAAUAAGGCCAUAAACCGGGAGUAUGAGGAGUAUGUGUUGACGGUGGGAGACUUUGAUGAGCGAGUGUUUCUGGGAGCUGACGCUGACGAGGAAAUUGGAACACCGAGGAAGAUUGUUCAUGAACGGUCCGCCAGUCAAACUGCUGCUCAGAGCCAGCUUCAGCAACACAUGGAGAAGUCUGGCUCUCUCGCCCCGUCCACCCCUCUGACGGGUCGAGUCUACCUGAAGGAAAAGGACCUGCUGGUCACGCCGGUGUCCUCGGCGACGCAGAGCGUCAGCCGGCUGCAGAGUAUUGUGACGGGUUUGAGGACGUCUCCCAGCGAACACCUGACGCAACUCUUCAAGUCCUGCUCCAGAGACCCCACAGAGUCCAUACUGGCUCGAGUGAAGACUCUGGGACAAACCUUCAAAGAGCAUUACACCAACGACUCGGAGGACAUGCCUGGCUCUCAUAUCGAUUUUGCAGAAAACCGCUUGAAACUGGCAGAGAUCCUGUACUACAAGAUCCUGGAGAACGUCCUGGUUCAGGAGACCAAACGACUGCAGGGCAGGGACAUGAGUGUUCUGCUUGAGCAGGACAUUUUCCACUGCUCGCUGAUGGCUUGCUGCCUGGAGGUGGUGUUGUUUUCCUACAGCUCCCAAAGAAGCUUCCCCUGGAUCAUCGAUAUCUUCAAGCUCACCCCGUUUUACUUCUUUAAGGUGAUCGAGGUGUUCAUCCGCUCAGAGGAAGGCCUGUCCAGAGACAUGGUGAAGCAUCUGAACUCAAUCGAGGAGCAAGUUCUGGAGAACAGAGCGUGGACCUCAGACUCUGCCCUGUGGAGCGCCCUGGAGGCUGCUGGGAACAAAGUCCCCACAGUGGAGGAGGUGAACUUUUCCUCCAGUCUCGACACGGGUUCUGGUUCGGCUAACGGAGGUCCGUCUCACCUGCCUCUGGUGGCCCACUCCCCCAUCAUCCACCCUCGUAUUAAGGAGUUCAGGUCGGGCCUGGGAAGCGCACGUAAAGAAGUGCCUCCUUCUCCGCUGUCUGUGCACGACAGGUACAGCUCCCCCGCUGCUGGCAGCGCCAAACGCCGUCUAUUCGGUGACGACCCUCCGGCUUCGUCUGUGGGCCUGUCCCUCACCGCGAGCCCGAUGCCAUCUCCGGCCAAGAGGCUGACGUUUGGCUCAUGCGGCGGCACCCUGAAGAUCGGAGGCCAGGGAACGCAGACCACCGUCCUGAGCAUCCCCCUACAAGGUUUAAGUAGUGACCGCACCAUUGCGCUGAUCCCAGUCCAGCCGUGCGAUUCCUCCGGCGUUGUGACGGCUCAGUUCCUGCUCACCUCCUCCCCGAGUCGGGCUCCAACCGUCACAGCUGCUCCUGCCAUCGUCGAACCCCAGGCGGGCAGCGGGCGUCCACGGCGCACAGGCUCGCUCGCUCUGUUCUUCAGGAAGGUGUACCAUCUGGCCAGUGUUCGUCUCCGGGACCUGAGCCUGAAGCUGGACAUCUCCUCAGAGCUGCGCGGGAAGAUCUGGACGUGUUUUGAGCACUCCCUGGUCAACUGCACCGAGCUGAUGAAGGGCCGCCACCUCGACCAGCUGCUGCUGUGCAGCAUUUACAUCAUAUCCAAAAUCACUAAGGAGACGCAGAGCUUCCAGGACAUCAUGAAGUGUUACCGCAGCCAACCCCAAGCCAGCAGCCACGUGUAUCGCAGUGUCUUAUUGCAUCUUACUGUUAAAGAGCAAAUAGCUGAUGAAAACAUGGAAGUGGAUUCUGUCUCGGGUGGAGAAUCUGCUGAGAAAACUGGUCAUCUCCCUGGAGACGCAAGUCCCGGCCAAUCAGCAGAGGAGGAGCGCGGCGACCUCAUCCAGUUCUAUAACACCGUGUACGUCCUCAAGAUGAAGAGCUUUGCUUUGAGAUACGCCACCAACGAUAAUCAGGCGGAUGCUCCUCCUCUGUCUCCGUUCCCGUCGGUCCGGGCUCAGCCGCUGUCUCCUCGCCGAGUCUCGCAGAGACACUCCCUGUACGUGUCGCCUCACAAGAACGCGGCCGGCAGCCUCACGCCGACCUCCUACACCUACAGGAUCAACAGCAGCCCGUCCAAGGAUCUAUCGGACAUCAACCGGAUGAUCCGGCAAGGCUCGGCGAGCAGGAAGAGGGCCUUCACCAUGGAAGGGGACGUGAUGAUGUCAUCGGCGUACGACUCCCCCAGCAAGCGGGCGUGUUCGGAGAACGGCAGCAGCCCAGAUGUGCUGCUGAAGCGUCUGCAGGACGUCGUGUCGGAGAGGCAGAGCCGCUGAUGCAGCGAGCAGCACGCAGAACUAGAGCCUGAAACGCCGACGGGAACGCGAUGGCGGUGACUCGUUACAGGACUGAAGCUCAGGUUAAAAACUCCCAGUCACAUGUGGAGAAAUAUUUAUUUCAGUUGCACAACUGAUACCCAUUUGUUUUUACACUAUGACCUGAGGGUUAUAGAGACUUUGAGAUUCAUAUUUUUAUUCUCUUCUACCAGACUGUUUUCACUCCUCUAUUGUCAGGAAUUAGGAAAAAAAAAAAACAUACAACAAAAAACUCAAUUAUGACAUGUCUGUCUCCACCAGGGGGCGUCGUCACGUUUAUCUUCUCUCUCUUUCUCCUCUUAAGUUCGUUUGAUUUAAAUUGUGAAAAGCAUCUUGAGUUUUCUGUUUUUCUAACCGUCUCAGCAGCCUGAUGGGAUCACGCAGUUGCACAGAAAUGCCACUUAAUCAAGGAAAACUAAUUUGUUUGUUUACUUAAACUUUCAAUUCUACCAUAACCAGAAUGAUCAGGUUCAUACGAAUAUAUCUCUAAAUCAUUUUCCCUUUUAUUUUGCCUCAUUUCUGCACAUCUGGGAAGCAAUAACCACACAGGCUGAGCAGAGUCGACCCUCUAAUUCCACCCUUUUGUUGAUGUUGUCUUUGUGUCAUUCAGUUGUUGCAUUUUAUUUUAGUCCCGACUGAAACCAGCGUCGGUUUCAGCUCUCAUUUCUACACCAGCUGAGAUGUUCAUGUGGCUGUUCAGGCGACAGUUUUUGGAGCGGUUGCAUCAUGACCAGGAACGCUUGAGUCAUCGUCUCUGACUCACUUGAAUUCCUCUGACACAAAUGCCGUCUUUAAGCUCCUCUGACGGGUUUAAGGAAACAACCCUAAACGCACCAUCCUCUCUUCAUAUCUGAUGUUUUCAGUAUGUUGGCAGUAAAUGUGAUCUCAUCAUCCCUUUUCAGUAAUGUUUCUUUAAAAUGUUAAUUUCACAGAGGAAACUUGAAUUUUUUUCUCUUUAAAUCACCUAAUAUUUGAAGUUUGUUGUUUGUUGUGAUCCUUAUAUUUAAUCAUGGUUGCUAUAGUAACGUGGUCAGAUGCAUCCGUGUAUCACCAUUACUGCUGUGUUUUACGCAAACACAAAUGAGUGAUCUUGUGUUUAAAAAAAGGAAAGUCAAAGUUGUGUCUUUCAUUAAGACAUUUGUAGAAGUCUCAGGUGUGUUCAGAGACUUCAUCUUUAUGGGGGAAAAAAAUGGUUACAUUUUAUGGGUUUUACUGUUUUGCAUCUGAUACGUAUUAUAUGUGAUUUGAAACCGUUUCAUGUUUAAUGCUGUUAGUAAAAGCCAGGAUGCUAACGGUAACAGUUGGAGCAGCAUCUGUGCACGUCCUGUGUGUAGUAUCUACACAGUUUUAUUACAUUUAACAUGUUACAGAAUCGGUCUUCCUUCCUGUAACAGUACCGCUGUUAGAAACUCAACAUUUCAUAUCGACAGUUUUUUUUUAUAACUCUUUACGUAGUCUAAAGCAAAGCAGUUUUUUAUUUGUUUUUUGUCAAACUAAUUCAGACAGCAUUAAUAAAAUAAAAUAAUGGACUUUGGUUUUGUUUUUCUUAACUCUCCAACCACCUUAAA